AUGGCGGAAACUGUGCAGUACCAUCUCGAGCAGAUGGUGCCUGAGCUGGAGGACCUGGAGCGCAAGAAAAUUUUCACAAAGGUCGAGCUCAAGGGCAUCGUAAAGAAGCGCACCAACUUUGAGUACGCGCUCAAGAAACGCGGCGUGGGCCGGGUUGAUUUCCUGCGCUACAUCGAGUACGAGAUCAACGUCGAUGCGCUGCGGCGCAAGCGCAAGAAGCGCCUGGGCGUCAAGGGCCGCACCACCAUCAGCGAUUACUCGAUCGAGCAGCGCAUCAACGGACUGUUUGAGCGCGCGCUGUUCCGGCACUCGGCUGAUGUGGUCUUGUGGUUGCAGUAUAUCGAGUUUGUCAAAUCGCGUGUUGACCCGAACAAGGAGCAGACGGGCAACAUGCGGCUGCUGAGCAAGCUGUUUGCGCGGGCCAUCCAGGCGCAUCCAUACGAGGUCAGGCUGUGGAUUAUGGCUGCCGCCUACGAGUUUGAGGUCAAUGUCAAUGGCAGUGCUGCGCGGGCGCUGCUGCAGCGUGGCCUGAGGGUCAACCCCAAGGACAAGCGGCUGUGGAUCGAGUACUUUAGGCUCGAGCUGAUGCUGGUGGAGAAGAUCAAGGCUCGUCGGCGUAUGUUGGGAAUCGACAGCGAAAAAAAGGCCGAGACACAGGGGAAAAAGGAGGAGGAUGGAGAUGACAACAUGAUCGUGCUGCCCGAACUCGACGAGGAG